AUGGAUCCACUGCUGCUGCUGCUGGUGCUGCUGUGGAGCACAGGAGUCCAGGCUGAAGAAAAACAUCACUCAACAGAGUUUGCCAGGCUGGUGAGAGGAGCCAGUCGCUGUGCAGGAACACUUGAGAUAAAACAUCUGGGAGAGUGGAGACCCAUAGACAAGUCUGACUGGACAUUAAAGACAUCAGCUAUAUUCUGCGAACAUCUGGACUGUGGCUCUGCUGUUUCUGUAGAAGAGAGAAAAGAGUCUGCAGGCAGAUCUGUGUGGAUGAUCAAUUCUGACUGUGCUCAGUCUGGAGCUGCUCUGGGAGAGUGUGUAAUAUCAGGAUCCUCCUCCUCUAUAGUGGAUUUCACUUGCUCAGACUCUGUCAGGCUGCUGAAUGGUUCCAGUCUGUGUUCAGGCAGACUGGAGGUGAAGUCUAACCAGAGCUGGUCCUCAGUGUGUGAAGCUGACUUUGACCAGCAGGGUGCAGAGGUGGUCUGUAGGGAGCUCGGCUGUGGGCCUCCUUCGGUCCUCCAGGGGGCGCUCUAUGGAGAAGUGGAGGCUCCAGUGUGGAGCAAAGAGUUGCAGUGUGGAGGCCAUGAGUCUGCUCUCCUGGACUGUAGAAGCUCAGGCUCAGCUAGAAACAGCUGCUCACCUGGCAAAGCUGUUGGACUCACUUGCUCAGAGCCUGAUGAUGUCAGGUUGGUGGGAGGAGCCAAUCGCUGUGCAGGUAUACUGGAGGUGAAACAUCAGGGAGGAUGGAGACCACUGUGUGCCUCUGAUAAUUCCUGGAUGCUGAAAGAAGCAGCUGUUUUCUGUGAACAUCUGGACUGUGGCUCAGCUGUUUCUAUAGAAAAGGCAGACUUCUCACGCUUAGCUCAUGCAUGGUCGAUCACACCUGACUGUGUUCUGUCCAGAUCUCCUCUGAGGAAUUGUGCAACAAGAAAACAUUAUUCUUACCAAAUCCUUAAACUCAUCUGUUCAGACUUGCUGGUUCAGCCCAUCAUCCAGGCAUCCUCCAUGGAUGGGGUCUCUGAGGCCCAGGAGCAGGGGCUUACAGUAUCCAGGCACUCCAACUUCACCAUCAGCUGCUCCAUCCAGCCACAAUACUCAGGAGGCUCCUUCCAGCUCACCUUCACCUCCUCCAGCACAACAUACAGCUACAGCCAGCCAGCUGUCAAUCACUCUGCCCACUUCCUGUUUCCUGCUGCAGUGCCCGCCCACCAAGGAAACUACAGCUGUGUUUAUCACAUCUACGUUUUCUCUCAUAACUUCUCCUCCGAGAGCCGCCAGCUGUCUGUUGCUGUUUCAACUCCAGCAGCUCCAACAGUUCAUACCAUCACAGGAGUCGUCCUGCUGCUGAUUCUCCUGAUUGUGAUUACUGCCCUUUAUUUCUGCUGGAAGGCCAGCAGGGAGCAGACGCUGAGCAGAAAGGGGAACACUGACGUGGUUUACUACAACUACAGUGAUCACGGAGAAGGAGGAUCAGCUGAAGAUGAAAGUCGCCAGGGAGGAGAGCAGGACCUCAAAGAAGCUCAUCUCAAAUCCAAUUGA